AAUACGGAAACGUCCGUGACAGCAGGAGCUGCUGACACUAUGAAGGGAAUGAUGCUUGUGACGCUGCUGCUAUUUGUUGUUUCUGGCCUGCAUGCCUUCUCCUCGGGGCCACCGCCCUACGUAUGUGAUAACAUGACACCUAAUCACCCUGGCAGCGGCCAGACAGCAGCUAACCCUUACACACUCACGUUUUCAAAAUCAACUUAUGGACCUAAUGAAGAAAUACAGGUGACCCUUUCUGGCAGUCAGAAUUUCAAGGGUUUUUUGAUCCAACCUCGUAAGGAAGGGACCACGUCAACCACAACUUACGGCAAGAUCACACCUGAUGACAAUGUCAACACAGCCAAUCCGUGCACUGAUGGAAAAACAGCACUCGGCCACAAAAACGAUGCCGAUCGUUCCAGUGCAUCUUUUAGGUGGACAGCUCCAGGCUCAGAUGUGGGAAACAUAGUUUUCCUGUUCACAGUUGUGAAGUCACAGACGGUAUACUGGGUGAAGCAGGAGUCAGCUACUUUGACAUUUGACAGCUCCCAGCCCACCCAGCAGCCAACUGCCGCACCCCCGACAACACCGUCCACAGAACCCCCUCUCCAGGAUUCCAUAAAUGCUGACCCUGGCUGUGGUACGACCCUGAGUUGUUUCCCUUCCUCAUGUACAACCAACUGCGACUAUUUGGUCAUGUGGCGGGAAGAGGGAACGUCCGAAGUGGAGUUUACGCUCAAGAGGAAAAUACAGGCCGACAACUACUACAUUGCUAUCGGAUUUUCAAAUGACUUGCAAAUGGGAGAUGACAGCGUGUCUAUGUGCGUAACCAUGGAUGGUGUGGUCAAUGUUCAGUCAUCCUACAAUAACAAAGGAAUACGUCAAAACCUGGUUCUCGACAUUGAAACCUAUGGAGUAACCAUGGUUAGUGGCAACUACACAAAUGGCGUGCUCAGUUGCACAUUCAAAAGGAAAAAAAAUUCCGACCUUGCUGUUGGGUUUAAUGGGCGGAAGAAGAGAGUGGCCACUGACGACUCCACAUUCUUUGAUUUGAACUCCUCUUACUUCCUACUGGUGGCACAUGGGGCAGCCAACAAAGGAACUAUAUCUCGACAUUCUGAAAGACCAGUGAUAUCUCAGUCGAAGAUAGAUUUCCUGUCUCUGUAUACCGGAGAUUCAUCAUCUGGCACUACAGACGGCCCUGUUGGGACGGUAACAAGAGAUAAGCAAUGUGGCAGCACUCUUGGAUGUUUCCACGACUGCAACGGAGGUAAAUGUAGCUUUCUGCUCACUUGGAAAGAUGAAGCUGAUGAUGUAGUGCUCUCCCUUACCUGUGCCCGACCACUCAGUGGGUAUUGCGCAAUCGGACUGUCAAGUGAUGACAAAAUGGGUGAUGAUAGUGUGAUCGAGUGUGUGUCUAUUGAGGACAGGGUGGACGUGUACAUCUCGUAUAAUGAUAAUACUCCUUCCAACCACAGACUUGAUGAUCAACAAUAUGGCUUAUCCAACAUGACCACCAAGAAUGAGGAUGGAGUCCUCACAUGCAAGUUUUCUCGGAAGAAAGUCUACCAGGCCAAAAAGAAAAGAGCAACCGGGCCUGGACCUGACACUUUCUUUGAUAUGAAUAAGGACUGGACACUGCUGUAUGCCUAUGGGAAAGCGUCAUCAGGUUUUCUAAAUAAGCAUGAUGUUAGACCCUUGACUUCCGAUCAAAAAGCAGACUUCCAGAGUUUCAUGGAAAUUGGGGCGUCAGCAAAUGAUCUUCUCUAUAAAGUCCAUGGCAUAUUAAUGGUAUUGGCUUGGAUGUUGAUGGCCAGUGCAGGGAUUUUCAUGGCUCGAUUUUACAAGGAAGUGUGGCCGGAGGGAAUGGAAUGGUGUAACCUGAAGCGUUGGUUUGUCGUCCAUCGCAUCUGCAUGGUUUUGGUGUUUUUGUUGACUGCUGCAUCGUUUAUUAUCAUCUUUGUGAAGGUUGGCGGAUAUGCAAAGAUUGAUGGAAGCAACUUUGAAAAAAGUCAUCCAAUAAUUGGAAUUGUUGUGAUGGCACUCACCUUCAUAAAUCCCUUGAUGGCAAUGUGCAGACCGAAACCGGGCGAGUCAAAGAGAGUCCUAUUCAACGUUGCUCAUGGCAGUGCAGGCUCCAUUGCACAUACAUUGUCAAUUGUGAACCUGUUUUCGGGAUUAUGGCUGGCAGAAGAGAGUGUUACAGCCAACACCAACAUUGUGCUGUGGGUAUUCGUGGGAUGGAUCAUCUUUAUUCACACAUCAUCUCACAUCUAUGACUGCGUCAAAAGAAGAGACCAAAAGAAUAUCACACAGAAGUCUUAUAACAAAGUGGACAAAAGUCCUGAUGCAGACAAGGACGAUGGAGACAUACCGAUUCUACGCUAUGAUAGCAAGCAAGGUGAAGCAUAUGAAAUGAAGGAUCCAACUGCAGGGGAAUCCUUGAAUGAUACGCAGCAGACGCAGGUUGAUGGCGUCAAAUUAGGUUUGCUGUUGUUUCACAUGAUUGUGCUGUUGGCGCUGACCAUUGCUGUUGUUGUCAUGAUAGCUCGAGGUGGACAGUCGGAACAUGACCAUGACAAAUAGAGGGGACAUUGGGGAUCAAGAAAUUAUAUAAACCUUCGUUUUACCGAGAGCCAAACAGGCUUAUCAGCCUACUUAAUUCAAGGGAUGAAACUUUUCAUGUUUCUCCUUGGAUGUUAAAGAGUUUAGUGGUUGUGUUUGUGAAGCAUCUUAAACAAAUUGUAAAUAUAUAGGGGAUAUUCAAAUUUGUUUGUUACAGUAUAAAAUCUCAAUAUAUUUUACCUGUUUGGAAUAGUGAAAAAUUCCUUGACCAUUCACAAUAAAUAGGAAAGCAUAUUAUUAAGUUUUGAAGUCAAUGUGCAGUUAAAACCUUCUUAAAUUUUAAACUAAAAUGAAUAAAGAUGCUUUGCAAAUCCCCACACCAUCACCCCCUGCCCCCCCCACCCCCCCCCCCCCCAAAAAAAAAGAAGAAAAAAAAGAUAAACACAAGAGCAGUUACUUCCUUAACAAAAAACAAUGUGUGUAAUUUUUAACAUAAGUUCUGAGUUCUGAUUAUUUUACCUCAUUUUUAUGUUAUAUUUCUCUGCAAUAUUGUUUAAGGUGUUAAAAGUAUUAUAGCUUUGCAAUACCUUUUAAGCUUUCAUAUUUUAAACCCUAAAACUGUUUUACAUGUCUUUCAACCGUUUUACCAUAUUCUUAACCUGUUUUUUGUUAAAAAAUGUUUUUGCAAUUUACAUUAUCAUUUUACAGUAACUGUUAUGGGUAUUAUAAAUGAUGUGACUUAUUCCAGUAACACAUAAACUUUUGCAAUAAUAAUUUUUAAGCGAAAUCAAAUUUAUUUUAAAAGUAACACAGUAUAUUAUAACACUGCAAUUAUUUUACAAACCCAAUUUGUUCUUUGUUUCUAACUUUUGUUGUACAUUGACUACAGGUUUAGUCAAGUCAUAGUAUCUGGUAGUUUCUUAGCUGCUUUGGACAGUACAUGUUACUAGCUAGUUGAUUUUUAUAUGUCAGUUUAUGUUCUUUUUAUGAUAUCUAUAAUUGUUUCAUUGUAAAUUAACUGUAAGUUUUAUAUCAAUAAGAGUUAUAAAGCCUAGAUUUUAUAUUAAUGUAUCAUGUAGAUUUUAUAUCGAUGCAUCAUGUAGAUUUUAUAUCAAUAUGAAACAAGGUCAAGAUUUCAUUUAAAUGUAUGAUGUAGAUUUUAUAUCAAUAUGAAAUGAGGUCAAGAUUUCAUUUCAAUGUAUGAUGUAGAUUUUAUAUCAAUAUGUUACAGGGUCUAGAUUUCAUUUCUAUGUAUGAUGUAGAUUUUAUAUCAAUAUGAAACAAGGUCUAGAUUUCAUUUCAAUGUACAUUUGUAUAAUGUAGAUAUUAUAUCAAUAUGAAACAAGGUCUAGAUUUUAUUUCAAUGUACAUUUGUAUAAUGUAGAUUUUAUAUCAAUAUGAAACAAGGUCUGUAUUUUAUUUCAAUGUACAUUUGUAUAAUGUAGAUUUUAUAUCAAUAUGAAACAAGGUCUAGAUUUCAUUUCAAUGUGCAUUUGUAUAAUGUAGAUUUUAUAUCAAUAUGAAACAAGGUCUAGAUUUCAUUUCAAUGUACAUUUGUAUAAUGUAGAUUUUAUAUCAAUAUGAAACAAGGUCUAGAUUUCAUUUCAAUGUGCAUUUGUAUAAUGUAGAUAUUAUAUCAAUAUGAAACAAGGUCUAGAUUUUAUUUCAAUGUACAUUUGUAUAAUGUUGAUAUUAUAUCAAUAUGAAACAAGGUCUAGAUUUCAUUUCAAUGUACAUUUGUAUAAUGUUGAUAUUAUAUCAAUAUGAAACAAGGUCUAGAUUUUAUUUCAAUGUACAUUUGUAUAAUGUUGAUAUUAUAUCAAUAUGAAACAAGGUCUAGAUUUUAUUUCAAUGUACAUUUGUAUAAUGUUGAUAUUAUAUCAAUAUGAAACAAGGUCUAGAUUUUAUUUCAAUGUACAUUUGUAUAAUGUAGAUUUUAUAUCAAUAUGAAACAAGGUCUGUAUUUUAUUUCAAUGUACAUUUGUAUAAUGUAGAUUUUAUAUCAAUAUGAAACGAGGUGUACCUUUUUUUAUCAAUGCAUCAUGUGCAUUUUAUUUAAUAAUAAUAAUAAUAAUAUCUUUAUUUAGAGAAGGUAAAGACACAUUAUGACAUAAUUACAGGUUCAACAAUAACAACAUCCUACUUACAAUGUGGCCUUCUAUGAAGAAAAACAAACAAACAAAA